GUCAAGAUUGAAUGUCAACCAAGCGGUGAUAUAAAAUUCUGCAAAAAAACAGUCAAAUCAAAACUUUAACAAAAUAUUUGUUUAUAUUAUUUUUGUUUAAAUCACCCAUACAAAAAAUCAAUAUUUACUAAGUAAAUUAUUUAGAAUGUCGGACAACGAGGACGAUUUUAUGUGUGAUGAUGAGGAAGAUUAUGGUUUGGAAUAUUCAGAAGAUAGUAACUCAGAGCCCGAUGUCGAUUUGGAAAACCAAUACUACAAUAGUAAAGCCCUCAAAGAAGACGAACCAGCUGCUGCUCUUGCAUCAUUUCAAAAAGUGCUAGAUUUGGAAAGUGGGGAAAAGGGUGAAUGGGGCUUCAAAGCUUUAAAACAGAUGAUUAAAAUAAAUUUCAAACUGGGUAACUUUGAAGAAAUGAUGGCCAGAUACAAGCAACUUUUGACCUACAUUAAAAGUGCUGUUACCAGAAAUCAUAGUGAAAAGUCUAUAAAUUCCAUCUUGGAUUAUAUUUCUACUUCUCGGAAUGUAGAUUCUCGCGUGUCCAAAUAUUUGAGACAGAUGGAGCUUCUCCAGAAUUUCUACGAAACCACCCUAGAAGCUUUAAAAGACGCCAAAAACGAUCGUUUGUGGUUCAAAACCAACACGAAACUGGGUAAACUCUAUUAUGACAGAGGAGACUUCAAUAAAUUAGCCAAAAUUUUGAAACAGCUUCAUCAGUCUUGUCAAACAGACGACGGCGAAGAUGAUCUCAAAAAGGGUACCCAGCUGCUUGAAAUCUACGCCUUGGAAAUUCAGAUGUAUACAGCUCAGAAAAACAAUAAAAAACUGAAGACGUUGUACGAACAAUCAUUGCAUAUUAAGUCAGCGAUACCGCAUCCUUUGAUUAUGGGCGUUAUUAGAGAGUGCGGUGGAAAAAUGCAUCUAAGAGAAGGCGAAUUCGAAAAAGCUCACACAGAUUUUUUUGAGGCCUUUAAAAAUUACGACGAGUCUGGCAGUCCUAGACGUACUACGUGCCUGAAAUAUUUGGUUUUGGCGAAUAUGUUGAUGAAAUCUGGUAUUAAUCCCUUCGAUUCGCAAGAGGCGAAGCCUUACAAGAAUGAUCCAGAAAUUCUGGCCAUGACCAAUUUAGUCAAUGCUUACCAAAAUAAUGAUAUCAAUGAAUUUGAACAUAUAUUGAAGCAAAAUAGGCAAAAUAUUAUGGACGAUCCAUUUAUUAGAGAACAUAUUGAAGAUUUAUUACGCAAUAUCAGAACUCAGGUACUAAUUAAGUUAAUAAAACCCUACACGAGGAUACAAAUACCGUUUAUUUCUACGGAGCUGAAUAUCGACGUUUCGGAAGUAGAAAGCCUCUUAGUCUCAUGUAUAUUAGAUAACACGAUUCAAGGUCGGAUAGAUCAAGUCAAUCAGGUGCUGUUCUUGGAAAGAGCAACAAUAAAUCAAGCGAGAUACAGCGCACUGGACCGCUGGGCCAAUCAACUGAACUCGCUCCAUUCAUCCAUUAUCAACAAAAUGGCGUAAAUCGAGAAUAAUAUAGAAACAGAUAUAUUAUGUUGAAGUGAUAGCGCUUUGCGCCUUUUUAAAGAUUUUUAAAAGUAAAAAUUUUUGUUGUGUUGAAUGAAUUUUAUAAAGUAACAUCGAUUAUUAAAUUUUCAUUUGUCUGAAAUUUUCUGUUUUGAGAACAAAGAGUGUCGAUUUUGGUCAGUUUCUUUUUAUUUUUAUUUUAUUUUCAUGAUGCGCUUUUUCAAGCUAUGAACAUACAGCCUGUCUCAAAUACUUUCAAGAAUGCAGAUAACGGAAAUUAUUAUUUAGAAACAUGAAAAGUAUCAACUUCUAUAUCCUACUUCUCUUUUCUAAUGUCAUUGUCAGUUUCUUUAUUUUUCAGUGAUCGAGCCAUUGUACUCUUUGUUUUAACUAUAUCUAUUUUCACUAUUUUGUAAAUAUAAAUUUCCCAAUUGUUCUUCUAUUAUUCUUUAGUUCUGUUUUAUUUCCUACAAUGGUUUUUCGAACUAUUUUAAUAUUUGUUUUAACUAUAUAUAUUUUCACUAUUUUGUAAAUAUACAUUUCGCGAUGGUUCUUGUAUCAUGCUUUUGUUUUGUUUUCUUUCCUUUCAACGGUAUUUAUUAUCUCCCUGCUAAGCCAGGUAGGAGAUAAAUACAAGAAUCAUUGCAUUAUACAUUUUUUAGUCUGUAGUUACACAUACACUGUGACCCAUUUAAGAUGGAUCACACAAAUCUUCAAUAAUUAAGCUUCAUUUUCAAGGCAUGCAAAAAUAACUACACUAGAUUCCCCGUGGUCUUAAAAUGGUUUCAUACUAAAUUUCGGUAAAAAGUUAAAAGAAAAUGAAGUCCACACUGGAAAAACGAUGAAGGUCCAAAAACAAAAAAUGGUCAGAAAUGAGGUUUUUCUUUGAAACCUUAACGUACUAUUAUUUUUUGAGCAAAUAGUAAAUUUCGGAACAAGAUGUUUAGAUACAUGUCUUUAUUUAUGUUUUGUGGAUUUUUUUUGGUGUGUGACCUUCCGGUUUAGAAAUACCACUCUAAAAGUGAGUCAACGAUCUGCUAUUUCAGGGAGAAACGUUGAAAGUCCAAACAUUAAAGAGGUUCUCAACUUUAAAAUAGUCAUGUUCAUCUGAGAUAAUAAACAAGGAGUCAAUUUUUGUUAAAGGUUAUUUAUUGUUACUAAAAACGACAUUAAGAAACAAUAAUUAAGCUUUUUUUCUUAUGUGGUAGACGGAGCAGAACAUUUUUCCAGUCAUCUAUGUUUUUUCCUUAGAUAAAGCUGGUGUUAAACUUUAAAAAAAUAUAGAAUUUAAAUAUGUACGAACAGCCUUUUUCUCAUUUAUUUACCUUUGAGUUUAUUUUUCAGUUCCACUCAUUUUUUACGAGGUAGACCAACCAGCCAAUUUUUCGACUCUUCACUACAGUACUUGGACAGCUUCUGGGUGUCUUUGUAUUUUUAUUAGAGAAAAAUAUGCAAAUUUAAAAUGUGUAUGAUGAAACUUUUUCCAAUUUUUACCUUUAUAUAAAUUAUCCGGAAGCUUGAAUUCACCGGUGUUGUUUGGCUUGAAUGGUUUCCCCACGAUAUCUGCCGACUCCCAUGCGCCAUUGUAUGUAUUGCGAUAAAAUGCCAGUCUGGGAUGCUCAGCAGAGAACUAUAUCUCUCUUAAUGGUCUGAUAGGAAAAGUACAUUUCUUCAAAUACAGUGGUUGAAGAUGCUUAGUCCAAGAACGGAAGUAGUUUUGUUGUACGUCUAAAACAAACGAUGUUGGCUUCGCUCUUGAUGAAUAUAUCACUGCAUUCAUCGCUCUCCAUAUGUCCGCGAAUUAGAAACGUAACUUUGACGUCUUCUAGCUUUUUUUCAUAAUGAAUAAUAUGGUGCAAUAAUCUAAAAACUGUAGUUUUUAUGCUGUCCACCACAAAAAUCGCAGAAUAUCUCAAGACGUUUGAUAUUGACUGGCAAAAAGUUGUAAAUGAAGUGAUGUAAGAGGGAGCACACAUUGUCGUUUCCUUUUUUCCCACUGUAGGAAUAGAAAAUACUUUGUUGGUUUGAAAGUACAUGAACAUUGAACAAGUAUAAUGACAGCUGUCGGCUGUAAUAAACGUCAUUCGUUGAAAUAUUUGGAAUAGGCAGAUUUUUGGAGUAGUCCAUACAAAUGGCUUUCACGUUGUCGUGAAGCCUGGCUGAUCUUUUAGAAGCACGUUUUCUAUUGUAAAAUGUAUUAGCUCUUGAUAGAUGUACUUUCUUUUCUGUCUCAAACUUUUUUAUUUCUGUUAAGAGUUUUGCUUUUUCAUGUUCUUGUGCUUUAGCUUCUUUAGACUCCAAGGUUUUCAGGGCAACAGCAGUUUCGUCCGAUCUUGGGUAGCCAAAACCAAUAUUGAAUUUUUCAUUGAAAAUUUCUCUGUACCUAUUAUACGAUAUUUUCACCUGCGGAAACUUAAUCUUGAAUAAAUCGUAAAUUUUUGCCACGUUUAGUUCUUCAGAAAAAUAAGUUCUAGAAGACUUUCCCAAACUAUAAUGGCUUGAUCUAUAACGGAAUGAUGAAAUGUGUUGACAAACUUUAUUGACUGUUUCAUUUGUGACCUUGUGUGGUCUAUUUCUGUGCCUGCCUCUGCCAUCUUUCUUAACACUUCCGGAAUCUUUCAAACUUGUUUGUAUACUUUGUAUUCUACGUGACGUUAUUCCAUGCAGAGAUAAAAAGCUUUGUAGCAUACCUGCGUAUCUACGAUAUUCUCUAAGUUGCAUCGCACUCUAUAGGCAUAUGAAGCAUCGUUAAAUCUUGAAACUUCACUCUCUGCACAUCUAGGCCUUCGCUUUUUUACAGGCACAACAUUUAUGAGGCCAGCAAGGUAAGAAUUCUGUUCAUCCAAUGUCUCCAGUUGAUUGAAAUAUCUAAGUAUGUUCCUUCUUUCUGUUUCCCUGAUUUUCGAGAAGCACUUAAAUCGUUUACAUUGACAAUCUACACCAAUUUCAUGGCUUUGAACUCUUAAGUUUCUUUGCCAACGUCUGUUAUUCUCCCGAAGCUUUUACGUUUUCUUGUUUUUCCCUCCAUGUUGCACACAAUAUGACGAAAAACACCGAAUAAACGUAUGGAAACGUUCAUUUGCAACCGCUUUAAUUCACAGAUGAUUGUAAACUGCGUCGGAGGCCGAAGAGCGUCCUAAUAAUUUCAACCGGUGCUCUUCGUAGGAACUGGACUAUCUUCGUUCUUUCCCGUUUUUUGCUAGUGCAUAGACACUUUAAACGCUGAUUCUCUGCGACUGCUAUCAUUAUUUCCGUUUCUAAUAGUGGCAAAUGAUAAAGCUGCCCAAGAUGUAUAAUAAUCCGUAAAAAUCUUAUUUUGAGAAAAAAUGAACCUUCAUCGUUUUUCCCGUGUGGUCUUCAUUUUUUUUUUUUUUUUAAUUUAAUUCAGUUCCCAGAAUCGACACAAAUGGUCGAAUAUCCUCCCUUGGCAAGUUUAAAUCCAAAUAUGCCACCCUUCAGUUGGUGGUAGUUAGGUUGUUUUUAAAAUAAUCUACCACACUGUGGCCGUUGGCAAUUCUUGUUAAUGCAUUAUUUUUAAAACAUAUUUUUCUACUGCUCCAGUUUUAUUAAAUGCUUCGUUAAUAUUGUAAGUUGUCGAUUCGAAUGUCUGCUAUUUCUCUUUCACUUCAAUCAUGUCUCCAGAAAUGAGUAUAAUUUCAAAUUUUUCCUGUAAUUCAGCAGGCAUUGUCUUUUCUCAAAACUAAAUACACCUAAAUAAUUACAAGUCUAAUUCAUUGCCUAUUUGAUUCAUUAAUUUAAUUUGUGGCAUCAUUUACAAAGUAUCCAGCGGUGUUGAAAUUUUUUUGGCUUAAAUUAAAAAACUAUUAUAAUUUUUUUAAUUAUUACGAAAUUU